AUGGCGGAAAACCGAGAGCCCCACGGGGCCGUCGAGGCUGAGCUGGACCUGGUGGAGUAUACCCUUCGGAAGCGUCUCCCCCACCACCUGCCCCAGAGGCCCAAUUACAUUUAUGUCAACAUGAAGACUGACUUUAAGGCCCAGUUGGCCUGCUGCCAAAAGCUUCUGGACGGAGGGGCUCAGGGUCAGAAUUCAGGCAGUGAGAUCUACAUUCAUGGCUUGGGCCUG